GCGAUCCCUGAUCCCUCUCUUCUCCUUCCUUUUCUGCCUAUGAUUUUACAUUCUUUGCUCAAUGAAAGUACAAAACGAACCAUGAGAUGAUCUGAAGACAUUUCUCUGUCGCUCCCUCAUUCUGCUCUUCUUUAAUCGAUCAAUCACACGGUUGCAACUUGAUUCUGAGAGCGAGCCAGCGAGUCUGUUUCAUUCUGAUUUCUGAGAAAGAAAAGAUCAGAGAGGGAGGGGGGGAUUCAGUAGUUGGUAUAAGACUUUCUUCUGAUGAGGAGUAAUGGUACGCACUGAGAAGGAAGGCAUAACAUGCUUUCUCUGCGUCCACUUCGCAGAUUCUGCUUCGCUACCAAUGUUAUUGCUGACUCAGCUACUGCUACAACAGCUGCUUCAACUCCUGUUCCAAAACCGAGACCAUUAGACGAGCCCGCAUUGGUCAAGAUCAAAGCUGAGAGAGACCCAGAUAAGCUCUUUCAUUUAUUCAAAGCCAAUGCCCACAACCGAUUUGUCAUUGAGAAUCGCUUCGCUUUCGAGGACACCGUCUCUCGUCUAGCUGGUGCUCGACGAUUUGACUAUAUAGAGGAACUCCUCGAGCACCAUAAGACUCUUCCUCAAGGCCGCCGGGAAGGCUUCAUUGUCCGGAUAAUAAUGCUAUAUGGCAAGGCGGGGAUGACUAAGCAUGCUCUCCAGACUUUCAACGAUAUGCACCUCUUUGGGUGCCGCAGGACUGUCAAGUCCUUCAAUGCCGCACUCAAGGUUUUGACGCAGACCUGCGAUUUGAAAGCCAUUCAGUUUUUCUUUGAUGAGGUUCCGUGGAAAUUUGGCAUUUCUCCAGAUGUGUUUUCUCUCAAUAUUGUUAUCAAGGCUUUCUGUGAAUUGGGUGUGCUUGAUAUGGCUUAUUUAACCAUGGUAGAGAUGGAAAAGGUGGGGAUAAAACCUGACGUGGUUACAUUCACUACGCUUAUAUCUGCGUUUUAUAAGAAUGAUCGUUCUGAGAUUGCAAAUGGCUUGUGGAAUCUAAUGGUGCUUAAGGGGUGUUUCCCGAAUCUUGCUACCUUCAAUGUUAGGAUUCAGCACUUGGUUAACAAGAGACGAGCAUGGAACGCUAAUGCCUUAAUGGGUAAAAUGCAGAAUAUGGGGAUAAACCCAGAUGAAGUGACAUUCAAUCUUGUAAUCAAGGGCUUUUGCCAGGCUGGUUUCCUUGAAAUGGCCAAAAGGGUUUAUUCUGCUUUACAUGGUAAAGGUUACAAAGCCAAUAGCAGAAUUAAUCAGACAAUGAUUCAUUAUCUUUGUAAGGCAGGUGAGUUCAAUACGGCAUUUGGGAUGUGUAAGGUCAGCAUGAGUAGGAACUGGUUUCCUAGUGUGGAUACCAUCUAUAGGCUACUUGUAGGUCUUAAGAAGAAUGGGCAGUACAACAAAGCCAAGGAGAUCAUGGUGCUAGUUCGGAAAAGAAUACCUCCUUAUUCUGCAAAUGAACUUGAGGGUUUUGAGGCCCUAUUGUUGCAAAAUUGAAUAAAGUGCUAGAUGGAAAAGGGGAUUCAUUUAUAAGUGUAACCAUUCAGCUUGAAGGGGCAAUCCUUUUGUUCCUAUUAUAUUCAUUUUUCGAUUUCUGAAAUUAUUGAAGUGGAGGGGUACUUCCAGUUUUGUCUGCUGAAUUUGUUGUAUCAUCUUAAUGGAGAACACUCAAAGUCAAAUGAGAAUUCUGAUGACCAAGACUCACAUGGGUCCUAUUGUAAUUUCUUGGGCAGAUUAGGACCAGAAUGGUGAACUGAAGGAAUGAGGUCCUUCUAGUUGGUUGCCUAUGAAAUUUUGUCAAUGGCAAUGCAAACUUGAAUAAAUGGGCAACCAAGUGCACGAGGCUCUAGCCGAUGCGGGGUCUGGGGAGGGACAGAUGUAUGCAGCCUUACCCCUGCACAUACAAAGAGGCUAUUUCCAAGAUUUGAAUAUGAUUAUCAAGAAACUUGUUUACUUGGGACUUCAUGUAUUCAUGGUUCUCAAGAAAUACUUAAAGUACUAUUUUGAAUGAGAUGGUAAAUCACCUAUUGAGGGAUUUGACUUAAUUUAAACGGAAAGCUGCAAUUCGAGAUUGAAAUCAAAGUAGCAGUGAGUUCAAAGGAGCAUGAUGAAUGGGAAAGAGCUAAGUGGUGUUAGAAGUUAGAACUCUGAUGCAUAAGCACAUAAGAAAGGGAAAAGGAAAAUAGGAAGUAGCUUAAGUAGGUGAAAUAGAGGAGAAAAGAGAGAAGUCAGAGAAAAUGAAGGUCAGUUAUUCUCAAUGGUAAAAAGAAAGUAUACUAUGGUGUUACUCUUUUCUUGUGGGAGAGUACAGCAUUUUUGGCGGUUGCAGAGUUUAACAAUGUUGGUUGCUCAGUCUGUUAGGCGAGGAUUAUUGCUGUUUAGGAUGAGUUAUAAAGUAACAUGCAUUUAGAAGAGCAUUGUAUAUCCAAAAUAAAUCCUUUAUUUCGGUCAUAAGUCAUAAUUCUAAAAGCUAGAAAGC